AUGAAUAAUUUACCAAAAAAACCGGCUGGUGGAAACAUACAUAGAAUAAGACAAUUUGAAUUGGAAAAAGUGUGUUUGACAGAAGAAUUUGAUAUAUUGCAAAUCGUUGGAGAAGGAUGGUUUGGUAAAAUAUUGCUAACAGAGCAUAAAGCUACCGGUACGGAGAUGGUUCUUAAAGCGCUACCAAAACAAUACGUGUCAUUAGAAGAUUUUUACCGCGAAUUUCACUAUGGACUUCACUUAGGAGAGCAUAAAAAUAUAAUUACCACCUACGAUGUUGCUUUUGAAACUCCAGGUUUUUAUGUAUUUUCUCAAGAAUAUGCUCCGAUAGGUGAUUUAACUUCAAAUGUUUCUGAAUUUGGAAUCGGCGAACAAAAUAGCAAACGUGUAGCGAAACAGCUUGCGUCAGCUGUUGAUUACUUGCACUCCAAAGACUUGGUACACAGAGAUGUAAAAUUAGACAAUAUAUUGGUUUUUAAAACAAAUUUUUCUAGAAUUAAAGUUUGUGAUUUUGGAGAAACCAGAAAGGCUGGAUCACAAGUUCUCAGAAGAAACGAAUGGCUACCAUAUGCUCCUCCAGAAGUUUUAGCUACCAAAGUGGACGAAACAUACACGGCUCAUAAAUCUCACGAUGUUUGGCAGUAUGGGAUUGUAAUAUUUGUGUGUUUAACGGGUUGCCUUCCAUGGCAAAAAGCAGCGGCCGAUGAUCCACGAUACGUUCGUUACUGCCAGUGGCAUGGAAGUAAUGGUGUUAUGAUGCAAGUCCGAAAACCAAAAAUGUUCAAAUUACUAUCUUCCAAGGCGCAAAAAAUGUUUAGAAAGUAUUUAGAAUUAAAGGAAGAAAAGCGACCUCAAAAUUUAUCUGAUUUAAGCCAAUAUCUAGAAGGUAGAUGGCUUGCGAAAUCCCCAAACGAUAGAAGCAAUAGCGAAGAAGCUGGUUUAUGUCCUUCCAUGUACAGCUAUCACAGCAGUCCGGAAGAAAAAAAUAAACUUUUGAUGACGUUAGCAGAGUACGGAAUUGAGACCACUGUCGAUAGGACAGCAAAAAAAGAUAGAAUCAAACAGUGGAUACAAAGCAGUAUAAUAGAGGAAGACGAAGAAGAAAAAGAAAUUGAUAAAACAUUUGAUGAAGAAAAUUUAAAUUUAAAUAAUGUUAUUAAAAAUCGAGAAGAAGAAUUCAGUGAAGACGAUAUUAAUAUCACUCCGUUAUCUUCUCGAGUAAUUUCUAAUAUCCGAUGA